AUGCCGCCUCUCAUCUUCACCGGCCUCUUUCUUGCCCUUUGGUGCUACAAAUGCAUCAUGCUUAUCUUGUUCCAGAAUGCCAUCAUAUACAACCCCUUUCUCCCACCGAAUGCACGAAGUAUGACGAUCUCCGAGUUUUCUCGCCAGUGUGGGGGCAUCGAAUGGAAGGAGGACAGAAUCAAGUCCUUGGAUGGCACGGAAAUUGCGCUUUGUAUGAGUGAGAUAUCUUGUGGCAACGAGCGUGGUGGCUCAUCCAAAGGACCAAAAACGCCAGUCUACAUUCUCUAUUUCCAAGGGAACGCUUCAUCUCUCCCCCCUCGAUUGCCAGAUCUCUCAGGCAUCCUGCGCCAGCUGAAAGCAGAGACUAAGGGACAAGUUCACUACACCAUGAUUUGUCUCAGCUACAGGGGAUAUUGGACAUCUCACGAUCGUCCUUCUGAGAAAGGUAUCGACUUGGAUUCAGAGGCGGCUCUUCGAUGGGUCUCAAAGCUUCAUCGUGAGAAACAUAAAGAGACACAGGUGGCACCAGUCACUAUCCUUUGGGGGCAGAGCAUCGGAUGUGGCUUCGUAACAAACCUAGCAGCCAAGACCCAAGAUGCUGCCUAUCUGCCAAUCAAUGCCUUGGUGCUGGAGACGCCGUUCACAAACACCCGAGCAAUGCUCACGGCGCUGUAUCCGCAAAAGUGGCUGCCGUAUCGACAUCUAUGGCCGUUCUUGCGCAACCACCUCGACAGCUGGGCAAACUUGGAGCUGAUAGCGGCAAAAGCCCAGAAACCAGGGGUCUACAUAGUAGAGGCCGGCAAAGACGAACUGGUGCCCUCUGAUCAUGGCGACAUCCUGUAUCGGCGGUGCCAGGACGUCCAAUUAUAUGCGGAAUUGCACACCGUUCGCGGAGCACUCCAUAACGAUGCGAUGGUAAGGAGACAAGGCAAACACACCAUUACACAGUCUAUCGCCUCGGCGGUCUCGCGGGCGCAGGAACUCUCUGCCGAUCAGGCGCAAUGUCUGCCCGGGCUGGCAAAAAGCAAACCCUGA